UUCAGGAUGGUAUAAGAACGAAAUGCCACGGAAGGACUGACAGCAGUGACUAUUUAGUCAGAGCAGAGAAAUCGUUUUCAGAACAGCAGCUGGAUUUUUUCAAAGAAAAGCUCAACUAUGCACCAGACCUCACUGGGCAGUAAUUACACAGGAGUUUAAAUGUGACCCAGAGAACCUACAGAUGCAGAACACGUUAAAUCGUCAUAACCAUGGCGUCAGUCUGGCUUGUGCUUGUGCUGUGGAUAUUUGUUAAUGCAUUGAUAAAAGUGAUUCAAGGGUCAUCAUGUGCUAAGAUUCACACUCCUGCUUCAGUGGUGCUCGCUGGUUCACCCGUGUCAGUGUCCUGCUCCAUUGAGGAUGACUGCCCGCUGACCAAAAGCAAAGACUUUCGUGUGGCAUGGAAAAUUAACAACCAUUUUGCCCCCAGCAAUCUCUCUUACCAGGAGAGUAGCAGGACGUAUGGUGUAAUCAUUCCUAGUCUACCAGACACAGACACAUUCAUUGCUUGCGCUGUGUGUGAAGAGGAGAACUGCCAAAUUGUCAAUGGAGUGCAAGUGAAAGCGGGAUAUCCUCCAUCCGUUCCUAAAAACCUGAGCUGCUCUUUGAAUCUAACAUCCAAAAAAAGAUUCCUGUGUCAGUGGGAUCCUGGUCAGGAAAUGGCAAAUCUUGCUACAAAAUAUACACUUCACAUAUUUAGGGUCAUGUCAAAAAAGGUUACAUGUGAUCAAUAUUUGAUCCCAUCUGGAGCGCAUUUCUACUUGAUUCCACGGCAAUCGUAUGCUUUAUUAUCAGAGGUGGAGAUAAAUGUGACAGCAGUGAAUGUCUUAGGGAACGCCACCUCUGAAACCCUGAAGCUGAUCCCAAUGGAAACAGUAAUGUUCGACCCUCCGGAGAUUAACAGGAUUGAAGCAGAUGUUGUGGGCUGCUUAAAUUACAGCUGGAGUCUUGCAAAAUCUCAGCAAUGGUUGACGACUGCCAUCAGUUUAGAGUUGAGUUUGAAAACAGUAAACAACCAGCAAAACAAAGAGUUGGUUUUGCUCUUCACAAAAAAUCAAGGAAGCAAACUAAAUGUAUGUGACCUUUUUCAUGGUACAAAUUACAGCACCACAAUGCGAGUGAAGUAUAGUUCAUUGAGUAAAUGGAGUAAAUGGAGUGAAUGGAGUGAUCCGAAAAUAGCCACCACAGUUAUGAAGGCUCCGACUGGAAGCCUGGACACAUGGCUUAAAGUGGAUGAUCAGAAUGCACAGCUCUACUGGAAGCCUUUAGAAAAUUUCCAUGCCAACGGCUGGAAUUUGUUCUACACUGUCGAAUCAAAGGAACCGAAAAAUACUUUUUGUGUUACACAAGAAAGCCACUGCUUUUUCAGUAUCACCGAGAAGGUUGAAAAGGUUUUCCUGAGAGCCACUAACGCAGUGUCAAGCUCAGAUCAUACCGAAGUACCGGUGUAUCGAAACAAAGGGCUGGGCUCUGUCUCUAAUUUCAGUGUUCAUCCCCAGUCAGAGAUGUCUGUGCUGAUCGCGUGGGGGGGAACACCAGCGUCCCUCAAUGUCACAGGAUAUGUGCUUGAGUGGAGAUCUCUGUGUGAGACGCCGUCACCUCCCCUGUCCUUCACUCUGAUGGACAAAAACAUCUCCAGUACCAUAAUAACAGGGUUAAAGCCUUACAAACCCUAUGAGAUGUCUAUUUAUCCCAAAUAUGAUAAAGGGAUUGGAAUUCCACACACUUUAGUGGCAUACAGCAGUCAGAAAGCACCCUCUGUGGCCCCAGUGUUGAAUUUUAUGGAAAUCAGACAUUCGUAUGUCAAACUACACUGGAAUGAAAUCCCCCUUGAACAGAGAAAUGGGAUCAUUCAAGGAUAUACCGUUUACUUUUGGAAUGAAUUGAACAAUAUCAAAGUUAUAAAGACUGAGGAGACCAGCAUUGUGGUGAGAGAUCUUCAGCCACAUACCAAAUAUGAAGCCCUUUUGACGGUUCAUACGAGGGGCGGAAGUUUAAACGGUUCAGUUGUGGCCCUGGCAACUGGACAUAUGGAUGGAAUUGAAAUGGUGCUGUUUGUUAUCCCAGCAUGCCUUGGGUUAUCACUUCUCGCCAUUGUUGUGUUUGCCUAUAUUGGGAAACAUGAACGGGUGAAGAUGUGUUUGUGGCCUAUUAUUCCUGAUCCUGCCAACAGCAGCAUUAAGAGGUGGACCACCACUGAUUCAAUGCAGGGCAUACCUCCCUUUAAAGAAGACAAGAAGCCCGUGUUGGUGUAUCUGUCCCACUUCAGUCUUCUUGAUCUGGAUGAGAAAGAGCCAUUCAAGAGUGACUAUUUCAAGGAGAACCAGUGGUCACACGACAUCGACAGUUGUGAUGAGAGUCAUUCCUCAUUCCAGACCUCUGUCAGACACGAUUCAGAGCACGACAGGGAUUCUGUCCCUUAUGCCACAGUGGUUUUCAGUGGUCCAUAUCAAAACCAUUCAUCCUGUCCACCAGCCUACGUUCGCUCUGAGUCCACACAGCCUCUGUUAGGAGCGGAUGACGCUGGCAGCCCCCCACCGUAUGAGAAUGUGUCACCAAGCAGCAGUGUUUCCAAAGUACAACGCUUCACUACAUUCCCUCAGAAUUCUAUUGAAAGUGAGGAGAAUGAAGAACUUUAUGAAGAAUUUCCUAUGCUCAGAUCUUUAGAGCUCAGGGAUACUGAUCAUAUCUAAACUCAGAUUCAUCCAGUUCCUGUGUAUGUGCUUCUUUUUCAAGGAUGUGUGUGUCUCAUUUUGAGUUUGAGUAUAUAUAGAAACAGGAUAUAUUCAAACCACAGCUGAAUAUGACCCAAACCUGACUGAUUUGGCUCACAUGACAGAUGUGUUUUUACAUUUAAAUUACAUCUACAUUUAGUCAUUUAGCAGACGCUUUUA